AUGGAGACGGACGAUCAGGAGGGGAUCAACCCCGAGGCUGCCGAGCUCGUGUUUGAGCGCACCGCGCUGCUCAAGUGGCUGCUGGCGCGCGUGCGGCGGCGCGCCAGUGACAGCAACCGCCUGUACGCCUCGGAGCUGCUCGCCAUCCUCGUGCAGGGGCGCGAGGCCAACCAGCGGCGGCUGGGGGCCGCGGACGGCAUUGACGCCGUGCUGCUGUCCAUCAGCCCCUACAAGAGCAGGGACCCGCAGGAUGCUGAGGAGCAGGAGUACCUUGAGAACCUGUUUGACGCCCUCUGCUCCUGCCUCAUGCUGCCAGAAAACAGGAUCGCAUUCGUGGCCGCAGAGGGUGUUGAGCUGAUGUUCCUGCUGCUCAAGGCUAAGAAGGCCUCGCGAUACGGCGCCAUCAAGGCCUUGGACUUCGCCUGCACCCUGCUGGUGGAGGUGGGCGGCCUGGCCCCGCUUUUUGCCCUGUUCAUGGGGAGGACCAAGGUCAAGGGCCCGAAGGGCGAUAAGGCGGGCAAGGACGUGGCGCGGGAGAUGGAGGAGCGAUCCGUCAGCCUCAUCAGCAGCCUGCUGCAGCACGUGACCAAGGCGGGCCUGCGGGACCGCGUGGCGGCCAAGUUUGUGGAGUCUGAGUUUGAGAAGGCCGACAUGCUGGUCGAGGUCAUGUUCAGGUACGAGGAGCGCGUGGCUGCGGUGGAGGCGCGCCUGGCGCCCCAGUUUGAGGCCGGGGAGCUGGACGAGGGGGACGUGGUGUCAGAGCAGCUGGAGGCGGGGCUGUUCACGCUGCAGGGGCAUUAG